AUGCUGCAAAGCGCAACGUGGAUGCGCCAGAAAGCAAGUGAAAGCUGCGAGGGGUGCAUGUGGCCGCGGGCCUCCAACCUGAAUUUUGCUGAAGGUUGGGGCGCGCAAUGCGCGCAUGCGUGCUCAAUGCCGCUUCUAGAGGAGCUUGACUCAAUUAAAUGGCUUGUGGCGUUUGUGCGCUGCUUUAUUCUGUUUUUCUGUGUUUACUGUUUUCUUCUUGAUGGAUGCGCCAUCUCUACCCCUGUGGAUAGAAAGCUCUGGCCUGGCCAGAGCCCCAUUGGCCCGCAGCAGCACGAGGCCGCAAAAGUUUCCCAGCAUGCGCUCUUUCCCAGCAGGAGCAAGAGCAGGGAAGGCCGGCAGGUGUAG